UUAUCAAAUACGUUUUGUUUUUUAAAUCACAUGUUGAAAUGAAAUAAAAGUACUAUCUCUCGUGUUCGUGGCGACCCACGAGACUCCCUGAAGGACCCUUGUGGUCCCUGCGCGGCUGUGAUUGUCCUCUGGCCAUUCAUGUCUUGGAGGGAGGAGUCAGCGGAGCCAGAGAGGGGUCAGAACAAAAUGUGUGUCCCCGACUAAAGCAACAUUAUUUCCGCUCUGGUCCGGUGCAGUCCUGGGUGUAAUCAGCGUGAGGAGCUUUUUAAAUGGACUCUACAACGAGUCUCAGCUGAUUGUCGCUGACUGACAGCCGCUCGGUGCGCUCUCUCCGCCUGUCGCUCCUCUCCGUCUGAACCGAAGCAGAGGAUGGAUGGAAACUUUCCCCCGGCUGCUAUCUGCUCAGUAGUCCUGCUCACCGUCGCGUUGUCAUCCUCAGCAGCCUUUCUGGAGCCUUACGACCUGUUAUACGACUCGGCGGUGCACGCGUUUUACAACAACGACUACACUAAUGUGGUGCGCUACAUGGAGGCAGCGCUCAGCAGCCACAGGGAGCUCCGGCGCACCAAAGUCCGGUGCCGGUUGAGGUGCCAGGACCAGCAUCCUUUUGAUGAAACCUACUCGGACCUGCGCUUCCCCGACGUGGUGCUGCGGAGGGCGGCGUGUAUGAACGCAUGCAUCGAGGAGAAAGUUGGCAUUCAGUCUUUGCACAAAGUCAGCGAGGAUGUAGUGCAGGACUUUAACAGGAGGAUCCCCUACAACUAUCUGCAACUGGCUUAUCAGAAGUUGAAGCAGCCUGACAAAGCAGCGGCGGCCGCUCACACUUAUUUCCAGGCCAAUCCCGAACAUGUGGAGAUGGGUCAGAACCUGGAGCAGUACAAAGACCUGCAGGGUGUUGGAGAGGACCACUUUGUGGACAGAGAAGCCCGACCUCACCAGCGCUCCUUCUCAGCAGCAGUGAGUCUUUAUGACAAAGGAGACUACGAAGGAGCCAUCGCUCUGUUUGAGGAGGCUCUGGUGGAGUACUACAGAGCAGACUCAGAGUGCCGGGCCCUGUGUCAGUGGCCGCAGAGGUUUGAGGGCCACGACUACCUCCGUUAUCGGUACAGUCUCCAUGAACUCGUAUCAGAUCACUUUACUCAGGUGCUGCACUGUGAACACGAGUGUGUUCGAGACCUCGCCACCCGGCCGGGCCGCCUCUCGCCCAUGGAGAACUACCUGCCUCUGCACUACGACUACCUGCAGUUUGCCUACUUCCAAUUGGACAGGCUGGAGGAGGCCUUGCAGUGCUCUCUGGCCUACCUGUUGUUCCACGAGGGAGACGAGUUCAUGACGGACAACGUGGAUUACUACAGAGAGCUGCUGGGACACGACGGCAAGCCAAGAGAGCGCGCUGCGUGGUACCUGAGGAGGCACAAACAGGAACUGGAGCUUCUUCUGAUUGGCAGCAGUACCAUGGGUGUGGAAUUUACUGAAGGGAAUUACUGGAGCAGCACAGGUGGCAGAGAGGACUCAAACAGGAUCCCCUCCGGUACAGAUGGCUGGAUGGAGUACGUUCCCAUCUCGGAGAAGAAGGACGUGGCUGUCGCUGCUCCACAGCAGCUCAAAGAAGGUGGCCCCUUGCUGUAUGACGGCGUGCAGCUGGUGCAGAACUCUGCGGCCUUGAACGGGACCCAGCGGGUGCUGCUGGAUCAUGUCAUAUCUGAGGAGGAGUGUUCAGACCUCAGGCACCUGGCACAUGCUGUAACUAUGGCUGGAGACGGGUACAGAGGGAGGAUGUCUCCACACACACCCAAUGAGAAGUUUGAAGGAGCCACUGUGCUCAAAACCCUGCAGUACGGCUAUGAGGGCAGAGUCCCGAUGAGGAGCGCUCGCAUGUUCUACGACAUCAGCGAGCGAGCCAGGCGGGUCAUCGAGUCUUACUUCCUGCUCAACUCCACCCUGCACUUCUCCUACACACACCUGGUGUGCCGGACAGCCAUCACAGGCCAGCAGGACCACAGGAAUGACCUGAGCCAUCCCAUCCAUGCUGACAACUGUCUGCUGGACCCCGAGGCCAACGAGUGCUGGAAGGAGCCGCCAGCUUAUACAUACAGAGACUACAGUGCACUGUUAUAUCUAAAUGGAGAUUUUGAAGGAGGGGAGUUCAUAUUCACAGAAAUGGAUGCCAAAACAGUCACGGCGUCAGUGAAGCCAAAGUGUGGCAGGAUGGUGGGUUUCUCAUCAGGAGGAGAGAAUCCACACGGUGUGAAGGCCGUCACCAGCGGGCAGAGGUGUGCCGUCGCUCUGUGGUUCACCCUCGACCCGCUCUUCAGAGAACUGGAGAGACUGCAGGCAGACGAGGUGAUCCAGGCGUUGGACACACAGUCAGUGUGGGGUCAUGGCCUCAACAUCAACCCUAAAGAUGAACUGUAGAAGCAUCCCCUCCCAUCAAAUCCUUCUAUAUAUUUUAACUAUUUAUUGAAUCAACCUUUGGAUCAGAACUUUUCUAUUUUUGUACUGUUUGAAGUGCAAGAUUAAUAAUAUUGUCAUUUUUGUGUUGUCAGUCGCGUUUUAUUUUUUGUUUUUAAAUGUUUCUCUAAACACAAGUACUUGAGUUUACCUUUUUGUUUCUUUGUCUUUCCCUCCAGUGAGAAAAAAAUCCAAUUCAUUUUGUUUUGUUGUACCCAGUAAGUAGACUGAUUAUUUCUCUAUCUCACUGAACUGUGAAGAAGCCAAAGAGAAGAACGGCAGUUGAGUUUUUUUUUGUUUUUUUCUUGUUAUUGACAACACAUCCAAUAGAUUUUAUUCAUAAACACUAUGUACGGAUAUUAAAAAAGCACCUUCAUUCCAGUGGUCAGUAGUUUCAAAUAAUUCACAAAUGGUACUGUUACAUAUUCUCUUACUAACAUUUAUUACUAAAUAAUGUUUUUUUAUUUUAUUUCAGUGCCAGUAAUAAUGAUUUUCAACGUAGGCAGUGCACUGUUUUUCUAAUUUGGGUACCUGAUGUUCAAAUACGCACUCAUACAAAUAGUUUAAGAAAGAUUUAUGUUCUAAUAUGCUGAAUAUUUAAUGAUCAUGCACUCUGUCCUUCUCUGUGUGUCAAGACUGAAACUGAAAAUGUCUUCUGUCUACUCCUCUGUCUACUUUGUCUCUUGUUGUUGUUGUUGUUGUUGUGAUGAAUCACUCCCCUCCUUUCUGGACGCACAGCAGAAUAUUUACUGGUUUACAUGUUCACUGACAUGUUUUACUUUUAUUUAUGUGUUUUUAAUAAUAGACAGCUGCUGUGUUGACUGUCUGCAUUUAAUAUGAGGAACUUUUUUUCAUAAAAGAUGUCAAUCAUUCCUGUUUCAAGGAAUACAUAUUUGUAUCUUUCUCUAUUAUGUCUUUAUAUUUGUGUUGAUGAUACAGAUGAUAGGCCGAGUCGUGCACUGUAAACCCAACGGAGAGAAACGUACAAAGAGUAGCUUUUUUUUUGUUUUUUUAUCCCCUACAUAAAUUCCAACUGCUAAACUGUAACCUCAUAAAAGUCGUUUUAUGAGGUUGGCCACUUUUGUUUCACUGAUAUUUAAUUCUGAAAUGCUGUAGCACACAAAAAUGUACGUGUACAUGCCUAUAAAUUAAAAAUAUAAAAUGCCAUAUUUA